AUGAAUUAUACUGUUGCUGCUACAAGUGAAGACUACUUGACUGAUAUACUUGAUGCUAAGGAUUACAUCAAUAUCAAUAAGGAACUAGAAGACGUUUACUAUAAGCAAGUCACAGGUAGUGGACAUGGUUCAUCUUGUAUAUGGAGGAACUUCGAGACUCCAUUAGAUGGUGUUUAUUAUUUAACUCCACACCUUAACUCCUCCAAUACCAUUUGGAUAAAUGAGUACUUGGUAUCUUUAAAAAAUCUUAUAGAUAACACCAAGACGUUGACGGAAUGUUUGUCAAACUAUAUUGUUGUGUUUGAUGUUGAUGAUAAUGAGUUAAUGACUAGAUUCAUCCAAGUUUCAAAUAAGCUAUUGCUUUCGAAACACUAUCAAGAUUCUGCUUCUGGUUCUUCUACCUUGCCAUCUGCUAUAUCUUACACUCCAAAUUGGCUUUAUAAGUUGGCAGUGUUGGGAUGGAACUUGAACGUUCAAUCCUUUGGUAACCAACUAGUUCUCCUCUUAAUAUGUUCCAAAUGUAACAAGAGACUCUUUCUAGAUUCAUGCAACCACAGUCCUAUACCGAAACACGAUGUUACUAAAGUUGACAAGAACUUGAAAUUAUCCCAAGCCAAUGUGUUGAGUCCGUGUCCUGUUCCCAUAACUGUUGAUAAUGAACAAGACGAAGAGGAAGAUAAUCAGUUGGAUCUAAUUGGUGAGCAUAAACCUUCAUCAACACCAAUGAAAUGUUGA